AUGCCACCUAAGAAACGGGACCUCCUACAACAAUUGAGGAUCCCUGAUAAUCGUACAUAUGAACAUAUAGGUCAUGAGGUAGGGCUUGAACGAUCGGCAAGAAGGAAAGCCACAGAAUAUGUAUUUAAACCUAAUAUUGAUCUCCGAACCAAAAGUGAUUCAAGAAGUGAAAGAAGAAGAUCAAGAACUGUUACUACCCCUAAUAGAAGACCAAUGAUUAAAAACAAUACCGGAGUUAUAGGCACCAUAAAAGUAACGCUACGAAAUAAUGUUCGUAUUCAACAUUCUACUGAUGAAUUUCUCAUCACUAUACCGUAUAGUGAAAAAUUCAAGAAUAUAUUCAAAUCAAUUGAUCCUGAUUAUGAUAAUAAAGAUCUACCUUAUAUGGGUAUAAUACCUUACCCUGAUUGUACUAUCAAUGGAACUGAUCCCACUCAAGCUGAUAGGAAACUAUUCAAUAAGUUUCUUCUUGAAGGUGAGAAAUUACAACAAUCACAAGAGAUCUAUGAAGACGAUGAGAUUGAUUCGUCUCAAACUUAUCAGCGAUCCAAGAUCAACAAAAUCCAAUUCAGAAAUCAUCAAAUCAAUACCUGGUACAAUUCACCUUAUCCGGAAGAAUAUUCUCAAUGUCAGAUCUUAUACAUCUGUGAACAUUGUUUAAAGUAUAUGAGUUCCCCGUAUUCUUAUUCCCGUCAUCAAUUGAAAAACUGUAAUUUAUCCAACAAACAUCCGCCUGGUGUGGAGAUUUAUCGUGACACAAAAACAAAUAUAUCCUUUUGGGAAGUUGAUGGAAGGAAAAAUAUCAGUUAUUGUCAGAAUCUAUGCCUUCUAGCUAAAUUAUUCCUUAAUUCCAAAACUUUAUAUUAUGAUGUAGAACCAUUUAUUUUCUACAUUUUGACUGAAAUCGACGAGAACGAUCCUUCGGUGUACCACUUUGUGGGAUAUUUCUCCAAAGAGAAGCUCAAUAAUUCUGACAAUAAUGUGUCAUGUAUUUUAACCUUACCCAUUUAUCAAAGGAAAGGUUAUGGUAAUUUAUUAAUCGAUUUCAGUUAUCUUCUCACCCGAAAUGAAUUCAAAUUUGGUACUCCAGAAAAACCGUUGAGUGAUUUAGGGUUAUUGAGUUAUAGGAACUAUUGGAAAAUUGUCAUUGCCUAUAAAUUGAAGUUUCUUUACCAGAAGUAUUUGGAAAGUAUCGACAAUGGGACCGAUGAUCAGCUUACAGAUCUUAUUUUUUCCAUAGAAAGUUUAUCGAAAUUAACAGGUAUGAUACCUUCUGACGUAAUAGUCGGAUUGGAACAGUUAGAUUCGUUGAUUAAGAACCCUUCAACCAACAAUUAUGCCAUAGCUAUCAAUUUGGAGAAAAUAGAUUUUGUUAUAGAGAAAUGGGAAAGAAAGCAAUAUGUAACUUUGGACUAUAGUAAAUUGCUAUGGAAACCAAUGUUAUUUGGUCCUUCUGGGGGUAUAAAUUCUGCCCCUGCUAUUCCUCAACCUCCGCCUCCCCCAGUAAUCGAAAGCGAUCCUUUUAUAGAGAUUAAUGGUGAUUCUUCGGGCCCCGGAGAUGCUGUCAGUCAUUCUAAUGGUGAUAUAGCGGAACCCCCUAAAGAACCCAUAAACAGAAUAGCAUUGUUAUCUUCAUUUUUGAAAGAUGACAUAGACAAUCCUUUCACCUUUGAAGAAGAAGCCUUGAAAGAAAUCGACGGUUUAAAAGAACUCAACCAAGAAGUUGACGAAGAUGAUAAAAACACUGAAAACUUUGUCAUUUGUUACCCAGGAAUUAAAACUAAUAAAUCUUUCAUUCCUACUCAAUCAUCGAAUUCUUUAAAAGUCAUGAAUGAUGAAAGCAUUGAUGAUGGAAUGGUGAACAACGAGAUUAUAGAUGAGAUUUUAGGUCCGGAAGAACCUCUGAAUUUGAGUGAGAGAGAUUCGGAUUUCGAAGAAUAUGGAGAAAUCGAUGAUGAAAUAGACGAAGAUGGUGAAGAAGACAUAGAAAUCGAGUACGACGAAGAAAAUGUUGAAGACGAGGAAGAAGAGGGAGAUGAUGAAGAAGAAGAAGAAGAAGCUAAAACACCAAUUCCCGAAUCAAGCGAUGAAGAGAUGGUGGAUGCAGAAGAAGAUCUUGAUCCAGAACCUUCUUUCACAAGGCGUAGACCUUUGAGACGUAAAAUUGAACGAACCCCUACCAGGAAGUCCAGACGAAUUGCGUUGUCGGAAAGUCCUUACAGGUGA